AUGAACAGGAAUAAUCAUGAUUGUCUGCCGAACACGCUGCAAAAAGACACCAACAUCCAUGAUGAGAUCGAUGAUCCCCCACCUGCAUACAGCGAGAUAGGCACGAUCGCCAUUACGAAUGAAGGGCUGCAGACACAAGCCCAGGUCACAGACGAUGGCCGCGUGGAUGUCGUCGUCGAGGACGCGAGUGGCCAUCUGAACCAGAUCUUUACGCCGGCUCUCCAGCAGCAAGUCGAUGCCAUUCACAAUGCCAAUACGGGUCAAAAAACCGCCAGAGUUACCGGAUGUCCUGUUCGUCUCAGCAUUGUCAUCCAUGCCGUAGGAUCUCUACAGGAUAUACGGCCUCUCGUCACUACUGGUCGAGUCUUGAAAGAGCAGUAUGGCCAUCGUGUUCGGCUCGCAACACACUCUACAUUUCUUGACCUUGUUGAAUCCAACGGCUUGGAAUUCUUCAACAUCGGUGGGGAUCCGGGGGAUGCAAUGGGGUCUCUGACGAAUAGCCCGACUCUAUUGCCAUCGAUGGCGAAUUAUGGGAAGAAGCGAAACGAAAUAGCGGCCAUCGUGGACGGGUGCUGGCGAUCGUGCAUCGACAAUGGCCACGGUGUUGGACGCAUGCCUUUCAAUGAGGAUACAUCGAUCGAUCCCUUUGUUGCCGACGCCAUCAUUGCCAAUCCAUUCAGCUUCGCUCAUAUUCACUGCGCCGAGAAGCUCGAGAUUCCUUUGCACAUCAUGUCCACAAUUCCCUGGUCGCCAACUGCUGCCUUCCCUCAUCCACUGGCCAACAUCCGCUCCUCCAAUACAAGCGAGAGCACAUCCAACUGCGUCAGCUAUUCACUGCUCGAGAUGCUGACCUGGCAAGGCAUCGGCGAUGUCAUCAACCAAUUUCGCGAAAAGACACUCAAUCUAGAGCCGUUGUCCAAGGUGCCUGCCACUGGACUGCUCAGCCGGCUUCAAGUCCCUCACACAUACUGUUGGUCUCCAUCGUUGCUACCCAAGCCAAACGACUGGGGACAACAUAUAUCUGUUGCCGGCUUUGUCCCGCCAGGGAAUAAUUUGUCCUACAUGCCAGAUCCCGACUUGGCUGCUUUCCUGGCAGCUGGAUCUCUUCCUGUAUACAUUGACGUUGGCUCUGUCGCCAAUGACCUCGGGAUCAUACUCGAUGCAGUGCGAAAGACAGGCCAACGGGCUCUCAUUUCCAAGAGCCAUGAUAGAUUAAGCAAUGUUUCCAAGCAACCAGACAUCUUCUUCGUCGACAGCUGCCCGCCUGACUGGUUGUUUCAGCGUGUCUCAUGUGCUGUCCACAGUGGCCAGCUGGAGUUGGUGACAGCUAGUAUUGUAUCUGGGAAGCCAACCGUCAUCGUGUCUUCCUUUGGAGACCAGAGAUUUUGGGGAGGCAUGGUCGCCAACGCAGGAGUCGGCCCUCAACCAAUUCCCCAGAAAGAUCUGACCGCAGAUAAGCUGGUAGAGGCCAUACGAUAUGCCUUGAGUCCAAGAAUCAGACAGCGCGCGGGAGAGAUGGGAUAUGCGAUCAGGGAAGAGGAUGGCUGUCGAAAUGCGGUGGACAGCUUCCACGAACACCUCGGCAUGGACGAUAUGCGCUGUAGUAUUUUGCCAUCCGAAAAGGCCGUGUGGAAAGUGAAGAGGACGAAACAGCGGUUGAGUGCCGUUGCUGCCACAUUGCUGGCGCACGAGGGCCUGCUCGAUCUCGGCGACCUCAAGCCCCUGCGAUUGCGAAAAUAUCAGACUGCUGAUGGCCCGCUUGACCCUAUAUCCGGUGGGACACUGGCCAUUCUGGGCUCUGUCAGCAAACUCAGCGUCGCUAUCGCGGGAAUGCCAAUUGAUGUUGUCAAAUCGGUCUUGACUUCCGAGCGCUCCAUCUCCCAUUAUCAGUCGCUUCUCACUCAGAAACUGCAGAAUAGCCGUCGCCCUGCGCUGACUGACCGGCGAGCCAGCUCCACCAGUGAUAUCCAAGGAAAGGGGAAAGAAAGCACAAGAAGAAAUUCGUCUGGCAAGGCUUUUAUGUACGGUUUCUACAAGGAAAUGUCCGGCAAAGAUGCCUUUGCUGCACGCAAAUCGAGCAUCACUAGCAAAGACGAUCCACAGCAUGACCAGCAACCAAGCAAUUCAAUUCUCUCAGAUGCAGCCAAAGGAACCGGCAAGAGCAUGGGCCGUAUCGUCGGUCUGAGUCUCAAGACGCCCCUGGAUUUUACUGCAGGGAUUGCCAAAGGGUUUCGCAACGCCCCGCGACUCUAUGGCGACGACACAGUGCGGCAGACCAACAAGAUCACCGGCUUCCAAAGCGGCGUCAAAGUUGCAGGAAAGGAACUGGGCCUUGGCUUUUACGAUGGCAUCACUGGCAUUUUCACGCAGCCAGUUCGGGGAGCAAAGCAGGGUGGCGUUAGUGGAUUUGUCAAGGGAAUUGGAAAGGGACUGGGUGGAGCAGUUCUCAAGCCGGGUGCUGGCAUAGCCAUCUUUGGCAUUCCGGCAUACUCGUUCCAGGGCGUAUAUGAAGAGGUCCAGAAAUCCCUCGGCAACAACGUCUCGAGCUACAUCUUCACCACGCACUACCUCCACGGCACCCAAGCAAUGGAGCAGUUGGACUCAGACGAACGAGCUCAGAUUAUCCGGUCCUGGCAUGACCGAGAACGCCAGGCCCCGGAUCUGAGAGAUCGAUGGAACGCGGUGCAGCAGCGUCGGCGAGGGACGAACAACACUUCAUCCUCCCGGUCGAGUACUUUCCAAAAGGACCCAUCAGUCGGAUCGACUUGGAACAACGGUGAAGGCGCUGGACCUUCCGUUUUUGGGAUGGAAACCCCGUGGGACAAUCCCAUCCUGGAGCUGGAGGCAUCACCGGAAAAUGCCGUCCAUGAACUCUCAUCGUCACCAAGGCAAGCGGUAUUUGAGAUGGAAGCACCGGUUGAGAGUGGGAAGAAAUCUGUGAAAGUAUAA